UUGUUUCUUUCUUGCUUCAUCCAAAGAAGAAGCUGAUUGCCAAGAAACUUCUACGCUUCCAAACAUGGACGAUAAGCAGCUCAAGACUCAGAAACAUAACAGUAAUGUCUUGUCUCCUACCAUGAUGUUCAAAAAGAUGAAACUGAAAUUUAGUAAAGCGUGGAUUUCAUUUCUUAGAUUACCACUUCCACUUGAUAUUUACAAGGAGGUUCUUGUUAAUCUCCAUCAGGCAGUCAUUCCCCAUCUGUCUAAUCCCAUAAUGUUAUGUGACUUUUUAACAAGAUCGUAUGAUAUUGGUGGUGUUGUCAGUAUCAUGGCUCUUAGCAGCCUCUUUCUUCUCAUGACACAACAUGGUCUGGAGUACCCCAACUUCUAUGAAAAGCUUUAUGCUCUAUUAGUACCUUCUAUUUUUAUGGCAAAGCAUAGGGCAAAAUUUUUUCAGCUUCUUGAUUCUUGCCUGAAGUCGCCAUUGCUUCCAGCAUAUUUAGCUGCUGCUUUUGCUAAGAAAUUAAGUAGGCUGGCACUUUCAGUUCCCCCAUCUGGAGCACUGGUUAUUAUAGCUUUGAUCCACAACCUUUUGCGUAGACACCCUUCAAUCAACUGUUUGGUGCACCGGGAAAUUGGUGAUGAAACUAGGAAAAGCUAUUUGAAGGCUGAGGAAACUGUUGAUAAUGCAGGGGAUGUAGCUCACACAGAAAUGUCCGACAACAAACCUGGCGUUGACCACUUUAACAAUGAGCAGUAUAACCCCAUAAAGUCUAAUGCCAUGAGAAGCUCCCUUUGGGAAAUUGACACACUCCGUCACCACUACUGUCCACCUGUUUCAAGGUUUGGUUUGUCACUGGAAAACGAUUUGACUGUAAGGGCCAAAACCACCGAAGUCAACAUUCAAGAUUUUAGUUCUGGUUCAUACGCAACGAUAUUUGGAGAUGAGAUUCGACGGAGGGUAAAACAAGUUCCUUUAGCAUUUUAUAAAGCAACUCCUACCUCAUUGUUUUCAGAGUCUGAUUUUACUGGGUGGAGUUUCAAAUACAAUGAUGGUGAGGGAAAUUUUACAGAAAAUGAUGACAAGAUCAUUACUUGCACUUGUGAAGAAGAUGAUAUUUCUGCAAAACGACAGAGAAUAGAAUCGUGAUGAAAGUCCUCUGUGGAAUCAAAAUUAUUUACAACAGCAAUUUUGUAGGUUUGUAUUUUACAGGUUAAAAGCUAAUGUUCUAAGUGGAUGGUCACCUUUGUACCUAGAAUUUUGAAGGAUGUUUUAUUGCUCACACUUUUAUUAGAGAUGUCGAUGAGGCAGGUUUGGAGCGGAUUCUCAGCCCGUCCAUAUUACAUACGAACCGGCUGUAAACCCUGGGCAGGUUCAGAAAUUGUGAUUUUGUUUUUACCAAAUUGUCUCAGAUUUGCAGGUUGUCCGAUCUA